CCUACGCGGAACAAACCGCUCAUCUAUCGCCAAGAUGAUUUGCUCAUGAGAUCUUUUUUUCACUCACUUUUAGACUCAUCUCACACACCCUCCAAUCCAGCCCAGCUACCAAGAAGGCUAAAAUCUCUAAAAACCAUCGUUAGCCUUUUCCCUCCCGUUUUAAUCCGCGCAUCGGCUACGUCCUACCCUCCAAUGACACCGCCCUAAAGACGACCGACGAGAGAGUUCAGCUCACUCAUCCCCCCUGUCAAGUCGAGACUCAACUCACUUCCUCUCCUCCAAAACGUUGGGGCAAGGUGACCCCCCUCUCGUCUGCCGCCUACCAUCCAUCGUUGUACGCGAUAAGAUCCCGCAAAAUGAACCCCGAAAAGGAACUCCUCUCCGCCACCAGCGCCGGCCCCGCGCCGGUGUCCCAAACGCCCGGUCCCGGUCCCGACGUCGAAGCCUCUCAUCCCGCUCCCGGCGCCGUUCCCGAUGAAUCUCACCGCCGCGCCGGCGACGAUGAUGCCCUCGCCAUGGUCGGGUUCCACAGCCAGCCCUACGACCCGGCCGUCGCUGCCCGCGCCGUGCGGAAGAUAGACUGGUUCCUCAUACCCGCCAUGAUCUUUGGAUAUGGCCUAGUCUACUACGACAAAGCAAUCCUAGGCUCAGCAGUCCUCUUCGGCAUGACAACAGACCUCCACCUCUCCGUCCCCCUCCCCUCCGGCCCAGGCGUCGACACAUCCCGCCUCUCCUGGGCAACCUCCCUCUUCUACUUCGGCAUGCUAGCAGGCCUCUACCCAAUGACCUACGCCCUCCAACGCUACUCCCUAGGCCGCACCCUCGGCACAAUCGUAAUCCUCUGGUCCAGCAUCUGCAUGCUCACAGCAGCAGUCACCUCCUACACCGGCCUCUACGCCCAACGCUUCUUCCUCGGCUUCGUCGAAUCUGUCAUCCCCACAGGCUUCAUGUGCAUCGUCUCAGGGAACUACACCCAGGCAGAACAAUCCCUCCGCCAGAGCUGGUGGUUCAGCGCCACGGGCCUCUUCACCAUCAUCGGCGGCGCCCUCAACUACGCCUUCGCCCAGGUCCGUGGAGGCGACCUGAAACCGUGGCAGUACAUCUACCUCCUCGCGGGAUGCCUCACAUUCCUCUUCGGCCUAGCCUGCUUCCUCCUCCCCGACUCCCCCGUCUCAGCAUGGUUCCUCACCCGCGAAGAGCGCUUCGCGGCCGUAGAACGCCUCCGCCACGGCCAAACCGGCGUCCGCUGCACCAAAUUCAAACCGCACCAAUUCCGCGAAGCCCUCCUCGACGCCAAAACCUGGCUCGUGGCGCUGAUGAUGGCCUCCGCCUACACAAUGAACGGCGCCGUCUCGGGGUUCGGCCCCCUCAUCGUCUCGACCUUCGGCUACACCUCACUGCAGUCGAUCCUCUUCCAGUUCCCCCUCGGUGGCCUCUGCUUCCUCGUCAUCCUCGCGACGGGAUACCUUGGCACGCGCUACACCAACGUCCGCAUCAUCAUGCUCGUGACGUGCUGCCUUCCCGUGAUAGCAGGCUGCGCGCUCAUCUGGCGCUCCGACUGGACGCACCACGCCGCCGCACCGGUGGUGGGCUACUCCAUUACAGGAUUCUUCGGCGGGGUGGUCAGUCUCGUCAUCACGCUCGGUAUGUCCAACGUCGCGGGCCACACCAAGAAAAGUUUCAUGGCAGGGACCAUCUUCGCCGCCUACUGCGUCGGCAACAUCGUCGGUCCGCAACUCGUAAAGUCGCAAAGCAAGGCUUCGCAUUACCCGGAGCUCUGGCUCGGGCUCAUCAUUUGUUAUGUGAUUUGUAUCCUCGCGUCCGGCGCGUUGUACUACGUGCUCCGGAAGGAAAACAAGCGACGCGAUGCGUUGCCUGUUGAUGAGGAGGAGCGGGCCAAGCUUGCUUUUCAGGAUCUGACGGACAAGGAGAAUCCCUAUUUCCGCUACGUGUAUUGACAAGACAACAGUUCGUCUUGCGUGUUUCGAGAGAAACCAUAAAAUACCCAUUUGGAUUGUAGUCGAGUUCUGAGGCUCACUUGUUCGAGAAAGAGAAACAUCGGCUGCGGAGUACGAAGCUCACAGCUUAAUGCUAAUACGGGAUCA